CUGGGCGCCUCGGUCACUGCGCCCACACAGCGAGCUCCCGGACUUCCUCUCCCUGGCAUUAGGUUCAGAUGGAGCUGUCAUCUCUUGAUUCAAAUCAGUGGCCCCCAAAGUCUGAUAAUAAUGUAAUGGAUACUCCACGGACAAGUAAUCUAAAAUUUCUACGGGCUAAAAGGCUGAAUUAUUUUGGUGGAAAAAGUUCCCAGAAUCCUUUAUCCAAGACAGAAGAAUCACAAAAUGUAGGGCAAACCAUGAAGACUGCAACACCACGUAGAUGCCGUUCAGCACCUACCUCAGACCACGUUACUGCAGAUAAUAAUGUGCCUAAAAAAAUUAAUGCUGUAGCAACAACCAUGUCUCCAAAUAGAGAAAAAUCUCUAGACGCCACAGAAGAAGCAAAACCACCAACAUCAACUUCUCCUCAAGAUAAGCACGCAAACCUAGGAAAAGGCCACCUUAUGGAUUCUCCUGCUCCUCGCACACUGCACUUACCUACAACAGAAAUGGAAAUAAAGGAACAUACCAAGCACCAUAACUUACAGUCAGUAGCAGAAAUAUCCUGUGAGCCUAACAAAUCGAUCACUAAUAGUUCACAGCUCAAAAUAUCAAAUCCUCCAGUUCCCUCUAUACAGCAUUUCAUGCAACCAGUAACAAAGCAAAAGGCUAAGGAUAUGCUUACACAGCAUGGUCCAGAAGCAGCGCUGGAGAAAUCUGGGGGCAAAGUGUUGUUUGCAGACAACGUCUUACAAUCAUCUGACAAGGAACCUGAGAGUGAAGGUUAUCCCACAUACUAUGACCCACUGGAUACACCAAAACAAGUCAAGGAAGGAAGGUAUUUAUCUACAAAACCAGAACCAGAUGAAGUAGAUGUACUUUCUACUCACCGGAGUCUUUUAAGUAGUAGACUUGUCACAGACUUAGAUCAGGACUAUUUAGAAGACUUGUCUGUGCCAGAAAGAGAAAAACUUCAACAUGUUAUGACCUGGGCUAAAAAAUUCUUAGACAAAUGCAGUGGUGGAGAGGUGAUAUCUCACAAUGGUGAUACUUUGUCAAAAAACAUGGAUGAAGAUAUUUCUUUUGAAUGCACUGGAAGUUCUAGAGUCACUGAUAAAUACCUAAAGUUAAAUAGUGUGGGGUUCAAUGAGCAUGGAUUUAAAAAACACCCUUGUAUUGUUGAUGAACCCAAGGAAUCUGCUCAAGGCCAGUUACUGUUGUCAAAAAGUCCCAGAAGUUUGUAUAAACCAAAAUCAAAAAGUAAAACAGCACAACUAGAUUCCUACUUGGCUGAAUCUAUGCCUAAUUUCCAUCAUAGUGACCAUGAAGAGGUUGACAAUUUUUCUGCAUCUUCAUGCAGUGUAUUUCCUAAACUGGUGAAGAACAGGGAUGUAAAGAGUGCCUUCAAUAUUAAGGGCUAUGACAGUUUAGGAGAACAAUUUUUUGACAGCAACAAGCAAGGCCAUAUGGAUAGUGAUAAUCUUUUCAGAAAUCGGACCAAGCCCAAUCGAUCUCAUUAUAACACACAUACCCUUAAAGAUACCAAACCAGGUCCAGCCUUAAAGGACAGUUAUAUAGAUCGAGAAGAUGACUUAAGUUCACCGGACUCCUGUCUUGAUACUGAAAGACUUAACUCUCUACUAGAAGAUCUUGAAGGGAUAGAGAAAGACUUAAAAAAGACUGGAGAAAAUGAUGGUUCAAGAACAGACAGAACAUAUUUAGUGAAAAACAUUGCGCAGCCUGGUGCCAACACUUAUAUAUCAGUGUCGGGGAAGAUUCCAGACAGUUUGCAACCAGCUUUACCCAGGGUAGACUCUAGCAGCAGUCUGUCUGAAGGUUACACAAGGAAAAUAUAUCACGUGUGCCCUGCAUGUGGUUUUACCAAUACCACUAGUUCUAACUGGUGCACAGAGUGUGGUUCAGCAUUAAAGUGUGCAAAGAAGCAACCUAUGGUAAAUAACAGAAGUUUUGAAUUACCAAAGCCACAUAUAUUAGACGACCGUGCCGCAGAUGAAAUCUUUAGUCGGAACACCCAAAGGAAGAGUUUUGAUAAUAACGCAAUGACAAAGCAGAAUGCAACAGAAUUAGGAAGAGCAGUGUGCUGGGAGGACAACUCAGAUGUAGCCUCAGAUAGUGAAGGCAGUGUGCUUGAGAAGUAUUUCUUUUAUGUGAAACGGCUGGAUAUGCUAAGAAGUCAAGAAAAGGGGACUCCAACAAAGCUUUUUCAAGAUCAACAUAACAGUGAAACUUCAAGUGAUGAUGAAUCUUCUGAGGAUUACUCCAUACCUCGUGUAAGAAGUGGUCCAGCCAAACCUUGGGGUGAAACUGAGACACUGGGAACUGAUCCAUAUCAUUUGGGUGAUCAAGCUAUGAAAGAAGACAGUCUUAAAGGAUUCAAUGAGCACAUUAAUGGGAUCGAAGGGUCCAACCUCAAGGGUCUUUUAGAUAGAAAGCUGCAGAAAGCCCCAGAUAUUUCAUCAAAAGUGACUGGUCCUAAGAGGUAUUGGGAGAAGUCCAGUAUUGCUUGGUCCUCAUACACACAUGGAGAGCUGAAGCCAAGGUCUCGACAUAGUAUUCAGAGACCAACCUCAGCUGACUUCAAAAAGAAUAUGGACCAGACACAGGCUGAUAACGACACAGAAAUCAAUGCAGCUAAUAAAACGGAAAGUUUUAUCCAGAGAGAAAAUAACUGCAUGGGUAAUGCUAAUGAAUACAAGAAUGUGGCUGUGGCCUACAUGAAGACAUCAAAUGCUUGGGCAGUCAGUGAGCACCUUUGCAAAAAUAAAUGGGAAAGGUCCACACAAAAUCAUCAAAGGAGAUGA